GAUUUAUCAAGCAUAUUUCGAAGGGUUAAAUUGUCGUAACCGGGGCAAUACUUGUGUAUUAGAAAAGAAGGGAGUUGGAUCACCAGUGUAUUACUGAAUGUAUAAUUGAGUGGUCACAAGGCGCCAAAACAAACCAGAAAAUGAAUUUAUUGCUGCAAACAUUUUCAUUGAUAUUCGGAUUGGUACCCUUCAACAGCAAUGAACUCGAUUCAAAUGUCGCUGUGGACUAUAGCCUCGUAGUCAUUAUGCCACUAUUAUAUAUUUUUUGCUAUUACUACGUAAACUUUCGAGGUAUCAACGCCUACCAAUUGACCGAUUGUAACAGUAUCUGCCAUCUUAGCAGCAUACUUUUCAUGCAUGUCGGAUGCUUCCUUUACUUAACCAUUUAUUUGCUAACGCUACUGCGUCGAAAAGCGUUCUAUGUCGAAUUUGGAAAAAGGCUACAAGAAAUUGAUGAGCUAAACGUGGCUUGUAUCAAGGUGGCUGAUACUAGCAACAAGUUGAUUGUACCUCAAAAGAAACGCUUAUUCUAUAUAACAUGGAUCUUCGUUUUGACAGCAUUUGGAUUCGCAAUAUUUUACGAUGUAAACAAGGUUUUCAAGUACUACGGCCCAUAUUGUUUAAUAUUAAAUAUGGUCAUAACAUUUCCAUAUGUUGCUGCGAGUACAGUGCAGGGUAUUUUCAUAUCAUAUGUUUCUGUAAUUUCGGAACGUUUUCGUAUACUAAAUAUUCUAUUCAAUAAAAUCAAUCAGGAAAGUGAUAGAAAGAAUUCACCUUUAUCAGUUCUGGAUAUUGAAAAUGAGUAUCGAAAAUAUAACCACAGAGGCCCUGCGGUUAUAAGUAAUCUGGCAAAAAGCAAAACUAAGAAGGAAAUACAGACGGGCGAAAAAUCAGUCAAUUCAAGCAACAAUUAUGGCAGCGAUUCUGCCGAAGAAGACUCUGGCGAUGAUAUGUAUAAUUCUGGCGCAUACGACGAGCCACGGCUAAAUGAUGGAAAAACAUCAGAAACUAAUUUGCCUCGCCUUUUUAAAUUACAUGAUAAGAUUCUUUCACUAAGUGUUUUAGUGAACUCCGAAUUCGGACCACAAUGCGUACCAUACAUGGCCGCUUGUUUUGUUAUUACCAUAUUUGGGAUCUUCUUAGAAACUAAAGUCAUGUUUAUUGUGGGUGGAAAAAACGAACUCAUGGAUUACGUUAUUUAUCUUUAUGUGAUAUGGAGUUUCACGACUAUGAUGGUGGGCUAUUUGGUGCUACGUUUAUGCUGCCAAACAUAUGCUCACUCAAAGCAAUCGGCUAUGAUUGUACACGAGAUUAUGCAGAAGAAGCCAACGUUCAUGCUGGGAAAUGAUAUUUAUUAUAACAAAAUGAAGGCAUUUACGUUACAGUUUUUGCACUGGGAAGGCUACUUUCAGUUCAACGGCAUAGGUCUCUUCGUAUUGGAUUAUACGUUCAUUUUUUCCGUGAGCAACUCCUUGAAAAUUAAAAAGCCUAUUAUGCGAGUAUUGGUGAAUGUAAUGGAAAAAAUAUUUCAGACGGUGAGCGCUGCUACCUCUUACUUGAUUGUGUUGCUGCAGUUUGACAUGACAGCUAUUUUGAAAAGCGAGGGUCUUACGCCCAAGGCAUUGGGAUCAGGAGCAAUAUAAGUCACUGAGCAUAUAAAUCUCUAUAAUAUAAUAUGGUAGGUAUUAAUAACUUGUCAUUAAGGCACUGAUUUUACGUUUUUCAUAAAGCUGAGCACAUUUUACUUUGUCAAUUUUUAUCUUUUCACGGGAAAUAUAGACCGGGCUCAAUCCUUCAAAUAAUUAUGUUUGAAUGUAUCCUUCACAACAUUUGAUGGCGUCAUUUAAGAUGAAACGUUUCUCAGUUGAAGAACCUGCAAAUAAUACACAUUUUAAAUAGAACAAUAUAUCAACUGAAAAUCGGAGUAAUAUAGUUUUUUAAGAAGUAAUGAAUUCAAAUUUUAAAAUGUGCCGUAAUAGCUAAU